GAGCAUAAACGAUAAAUCAAGACAUUUAAAAUAUUAAGUUUAGUAUAAAACGAUGCAUAUUUUAAAUUCUUAGUGGUCGUUUUAAAAUAUUUUCCCGCUUGAAGUAUAUUAUCAAUUUGUUCGAAUGUUGUUAGUGUCUUAAUCGUCAGUUGACAAUUUACACAAUACCCAAAAUAAGAUAGAUUAAUACAUAUCCACCAUAAUGAUUUUUAUGUAACAUGAAACAAACAAAUGUUCAAGCCUUAGUGGAAAACACCUUUGAUUUCCUUACAUACGUUGAACCCUACUGUGAUAUUCAAUUGAUCUGUAAAGAAACAAUGAUACAUACGAAACAUAAUUAAAACAUAUUGCAGAUGGCAUAAAUUGCAAGAGUCCUGGCUUGACGGUAAACAAUCAAAAAGAAAUAUUAUAUACCGGUAUAUUAGUUUAUAUAAUGCCCUUGGGGGUAAAAACUGGCAACUACCCAAUGUCCAGAUGCUUUAUGGAGAUGUAUGUAGCUGACUUACCAGAGUGGUUGAAUUUCUGAACGUCAAGUCCGCAUAAAUAUCCAGACGAUCCAGAAUGGCCAGUGUUUCAGAAGUGUCAGACGAAGCAGGUCGGGAACGGCGGCCAUCGACGCUUCCAAUGUGCGGCAUAUCCGCGACGAUGACGCUUCCCACAAUAUUUCCGUCCCCCGGAUCCUUUUCCCCGACCUUCCCAACAUCCCCAGAGGACAAAAAAGAAUCGGACAAGAAUCACAAAUCGUUCUUUGGGUUCGGCAGAAAAAAGAAGAGACUGAUUCAACAAUUACGUACAGAGAACAAAACACUUAGGAAUAACCUUGACGAUGCUAGGCGUGUGAUACAAUUCUUAACGGAGAGGACUCAGAAGUGUUUUAAUGAAAACCCUCUCAAAGAGUUCACGCACAUUGGUGGUGGUUUAGUGCAGAUCGACUGCAACAACACUUACAACAUCAAUGACUUCGAGAACAUGAUGGAUGACAUGGAAUCACUGAUGGAGAAACUUACUAGAGCAUUCGAAGAAUCAACACAUUCACGGUGCGAGGCGGAAACAAAACUUAAAGAUACAAAGUUACAACUACAUGAGGUUACUACAUCGCUAAAAGAGUGUACCAAUCUUCUCAAGAACCUGGACUCAAAAACAUCAUCAAAGUUGAAAAACGUUCUGGAGCUUAUUGAGGAGCUUUGUAACGACAGAUCUGAUGAGGCAGUGUUAACCGAUGGAAUACGGGCAUUGCAAGAACAUAUGAGAGGAAAACAACUGACAGUGCCAAAACAUGCAAUUCAUGCUGUUCGGCGAAUAUUAAAUAAAUUUAAUUUUGAAACGUCGUGCGAUUUUGCCAACUUUCUGCUUGUGGAUAUAAAAGUCUGUACAGAAAUUCGUGAUCAAUCGGGGUUAACGGAAGAAUGUUUGGAGAUACUAGGGCAGUGGAUGCAGCAAAUCACAGGGGAUCCUGUAAAAACCAUGUGCACACUUGUCAAGAAGUUUGAGGCGUUGAGGAGUGAAGCAACACUGAGGGAGUAUACAUACUACGUUCUCAAUAAGCCUAGUGCGCAUGAAAACAAAACUACAAAACGGCCUACCGUCGACCUAAGACCACUGAAAAUUCCAGACCCGGAAUCACAGUAUAUGCAUUUCCUAGAGCUUGCUAAUAAAGCAAAUGAGACACACGAGCUCAUAAAGGAAAUCCAUUCUUUGCUUCUCUUACGAAAUACACCCGAGCUAUGUCAAACUCUGUGAAUCUAGUGAAUGUUGGGAGUAAACGACGUAGAAGAGCUGUAGAUGUGUUUAAUCGAGACACACUAUAUUGUGUUAAGUAGUCAUACAUACGUUAAGUCCGAAAAUAUGUAACAGCUAUUAUCACAAUAACACAAAACAAAGUUUUUACAAUAAUAAAGUUUUAAAUUGAGAAUAUAAUUUAUAGCGUAUUUAUAUCUCAUAGAAAAUGUAUGAUUACAUAUUGAAUUCAAAACAUACUAAACAGUUGUUCGUCGCCAAGCCCAUUGGGGCAGCGGGGAAUACAAAAAAAAUAACAGGAUGCAUCAUUCUGUUAUUUUACUCUGUAUCAGACAUAAGUAAUAUUGGUAAUUAAAUGUUGUUGUAUCUUA